AUGAUUGCUUUACCGCGCGAAUUUUCUGACCCUUUACAGAGAGACCGAACUCGUUCACCGCGUCGUCGAUCGCGAAGCCCUCGACGCAGCCGCCGCUCCUACUCCCCUCGUAGCCGCUCUCACAGUCGAGGCGGCGACGACUACCGUCGAAGCGAACGCCGAUCUAGAAGUCCCAUGAGUGGUGCACCCAACACCUCUGGAGGAUACGCGGGGUCAGGCUACGGCGGUAGAGGUGGAGGUUCAGGAGGUCCGCCCCGGACAUUCGAAGAUCGGUCGGCUGCAAAAGAGCAAAUGAUGCAAUCGGUUCGCGAGUCGUCCCAGCAAGACCGCCGAGUCUAUGUGGGCAAUUUGGCUUACGACGUCAAAUGGCAUCAUCUCAAAGAUUUCAUGAGACAGGCUGGAGAAGUUCUCUUUGCCGAUGUCUUACUACUUCCAAAUGGAAUGUCGAAGGGAUGCGGGAUUGUGGAAUAUGCAACUAGGGACCAAGCCCAACAAGCUAUUUCAACGCUCAGCAAUCAGAGCCUCAUGGGUCGUCUCGUCUACGUUCGAGAGGACCGCGAAACCGAACCUCGAUUCAUCGGCCCCCCCGGCGGCCGCGGCGGCGGCGACUUCGGCGGCGCUCCUCCAAGAGGCGCUUACGGUGGAGGCUAUGGUGGAGGCCAUGGCGGCGGAGGUGGCGGCGGCGGCGCAGGUGGUGGUCGUCAACUCUACGUCUCCAAUCUCCCAUUCAAUGUUGGUUGGCAGGAUCUGAAGGACUUGUUCCGUCAAGCUGCACAGGAAGGAGGUGUCAUUCGAGCCGAUGUCCACAUGGACCCGACAGGCAGACCGAAAGGUACCGGUAUCGUCGCAUUCGAAUCCGCCAACGACGCUCGCAACGCUAUUCAGCAAUUCAAUGGCUACGAUUGGCACGGACGCGCACUCGAAGUUCGAGAAGAUCGAUAUGCAAGCAGUGGCCCCGGUGCUGGCUUUGGCGGCCGCGGCGGAUUUGGUGCUGGAGGAGGAUUCGGCAUGCGUGGCGGCUUUGGCGGAGGCAGAGGAGGCUUCGGUGGUCGUGGAGGUUAUGGUGGUGGUGGCGGCGGUGGCUACGGAGGUGGACGAGGCGGCUAUGGCGGUGGAGGUGGUUACGGAGGUGGAGGGUAUGGUGGUGGUGGUGGCGGCGGCGGUGCUCCUGCUGUUCCCCAAGAACAAGCCGCUCCAAACCCUUUCACCGACUUCGCAACCUUUGGAGGAGAGCGAAGCCAGAUCAUUUACGUCCGAAACCUCCCAUGGUCCACGAGCAACGACGACUUGGUCGAAUUGUUCAGCACUAUUGGCAAGGUCGAACGUGCAGAAAUCCAGUACGAGCCUAAUGGACGCUCUCGAGGCACAGGUGUGGUGGAGUUUGACUCUGCUGAAAACGCCGAAACUGCUAUCUCUAAAUUCACCGGCUACAUGUACGGCGGACGUCCACUUGGAUUGACCUUUGUCAAAUACAACAAUGCCAACGGCAACGAGAUGGAAGGUCAAGAAGCUACCGAAGGCAUGACUCAAGAUCAGAUGAUGUGA